CUCCAAACGUGUCCGCCCGCCCCUGGCCGCGCGCCGCAGUCCUUCCCCGCUAACGCUGCGGCCCGGUGCCCGCGGCCCGCACUGGUGUGGGCAAGCGUCCCGGACAGCUCCUGGCGAGGUGACCAUGGAGGCUGGCGGCCUCCCCCUGGAGCUGUGGCGCAUGAUCUUGGCCUACCUGCCCCUUCCCGACCUGGGCCGCUGCAGCCUGGUGUGCAGGGCCUGGUAUGAACUCAUCCUCAGUCUCGAUAGAACGCGCUGGCGGCAGCUGUAUCUGGGCUGCAUCGAGUGCCGCCACCCCAACUGGCCCAACCAGCCUGAUGUGGAGCCUGCGUCUUGGAGGGAGGCCUUCAAGCAGCACUACCUGGCCUCCAAGACGUGGACCAAGAACGCCCCCAUCUUGGAAACUUCCGUCUGCUUUUCUCUGUUUCGCCGGAGAAGGACGCGCCGUACCCUGAGCGUCGGGCCAGGCCAUGAGUUUCACAGCCUAGGCAGUGCCCUGGCCAUGUCCAGCCUAUUUGACCGCAUCCUGCUGUUCCCAGGUCUGCACGAAGAGCAAGGGGAAAUCAUCCUGAAGGUGCCUGUGGAGAUUGUAGGCCACGGGAAAUUGGGCGAAGUGGCCCUGCUGGCCAGCAUUGACCAGCAGUGCUCGACCACACGCCUGUGCAACCUCGUCUUCAUGCCGGCCUGGUUCUCACCGUUCAUGUUCAAGACAACUUCGGGUCACGUCCAGUUUGACAACUGCAACUUUGAGAAUGGCCACAUCCAGGUCCAUGGCCCGGGCACCUGCCAAGUGAAGUUUUGCACCUUCAAAAACACCCAUGUCUUUCUGCACAACGUGCCCCUGUGUGUCCUGGAAAACUGUGAAUUUGUGGGCAGCGAAAACAACUCUGUGACUGUUGAGGGCCACCCGUCCUCAGAAAAAAACUGGGCCUACACGUAUCUCUUAGGGCUUAUCAAGUCUUCUCCCAGCGUGCUUCCAGCAGAGGACUCUGAUUCAGUCAUGGCCCUGGACCUGGAGAGCAGAGACCAGGCCUGGAGCCCGAGGACCUGUGGCAUGGUCAUUGAGGGCAGCCAGAGCCCUACCAGCCCAGCCUCCAGCUCCCCCAAAGCUGGCUCCAAGGCCGGCUCUCGGGAGGCAGAGGUGGGCAGCGAUGGGGAACGGGUGGCCCGGACCCCCGACAGCAGCGACGGAGGCCUGAGUCCCAGCAGUGAGGAUGAGGAUGAGGACCAGCUCACGUACAGACUGUCCUACCAAGUGCAGGGCCCGCGGCCCGUCCUGGGGGGCUCCUUUUUGGGCCCCCCACUGCCGGGAGCAUCCAUCCAGCUGCCCAGCUGCCUAGUGCUGAACUCGCUGCAGCAGGAGCUGCAGAGGGACAGGGAGGCCAUGGCACUGGCCAGCUCCGUGCAGGGCUGCCUCAUCCGCAAGUGCCUCUUCCAGGACGGGAAGGGAGGCGUCUUCGUUUGCUCCUAUGGCCGAGCCAAGAUGGAAGGGAAUGUCUUCCGGAACCUGACUUACGCGGUGCGGUGCAUUCACAAUAGCAAGGUUGUCGUGCUCAGGAACCACAUCCACCACUGCAGAGCGUCAGGCAUCUUCCUUCGCUUGGAGGGCGGAGGCCUGAUCGCUGGCAACAACAUUGACCACAACGCGGAGGCCGGCAUCGACAUCCGGAAAAAGUCCAACCCUCUCAUUCUGUGUAACCAGAUCCACCAUGGCCUUCGCUCUGGCAUUGUUGUCCUUGGCAAUGGGAAAGGCAUCAUCCGGAACAACCAGAUCUUUUCAAAUAAGGAGGCUGGCAUUUAUAUCCUGUACCACGGAAAUCCAAUCGUGAGCCGGAACCACAUUUUCAGGGGCCAUGCGGCCGGCAUAGCUGUGAACGAGAACGGCAGAGGCCUCAUCACAGAAAAUGUCAUCCGAGAGAAUCAGUGGGGAGGUGUGGACAUCCGCCGAGGAGGGGUCCCCGCCCUCAGGAGCAACCUCAUCUGCUUCGGCUAUUCCGAUGGCGUGGUUGUGGGGGAUGAAGGCAAAGGCCUGAUAGAAGGAAACACCAUCUACGCGAAUAAGGGCUGUGGCGUGUGGAUGAUGUCGUCCAGCCUGCCCCACGUCACCAGCAACCACGUCAGCUACAAUGGCCUGUACGGACUGGCAGUGUUCAGCCAGAAGGAUGGCUCCGGGGAGUUCCCUGGAGGCCACGGGGCCCAGGAGAACUUCAGCGAGGACGGCGAUGCCAUCCUCUGGGAGCCGGAGCCGGAGAAGGAUGACGACCCGCUGCGGCGGCCCGUCACGGUAGCUCUGAUUGAGUCCAACAGUGUGAAUCACAAUGGAGCCUCAGGACUCUAUGUCCAGAGCAGUGAGGCACUGCACGUCAUCACCAAUGUGAUCCAUGCCAACGGGGACAGAGGCAUCACUGUGGCCCAGAGCAGCCAGCUCACCCGUGUGGCCAACAACAGCAUCUCCUGCAAUCGCCAGAGUGGGGUCAAGGUCGAGGCCCAGUGCAAGGUGGAGCUCCGGGGCAAUGGUAUCUAUGACAACAGGGGCCAUGGCAUCAUCACCAAGGGUGACAGCACCGUCGUCAUUGAAAAUGACAUCAUUGGCAACCGGGGCAGCGGGCUCCAGCUGCUGCCCACAUCCGACACAAAGGUAAUAAAGAACCGGAUCCAUUCAUUCCGGGCCUAUGGCAUUGCAGUGCAAGGCCACGCCAAGGCUCUGGUGCAGGAGAACAUCAUCUUCCAGGGCAAGAGCAACAAGACCAUCUUUCAGCAGAUUCCCAGCAACCAAGAAUGCAUCGUGCAAAACAACAAGUUCUUGGUCUUCAAGAAAAAGUCUGACACGUGGCGCCUCGUGAACCCACCAGCCCGGCCUCACCUUGAAAACUCUCUCCGAGGCCCCUCUGCUGCCCACAGUGGGCAGAAGGUGACAGCCAUGGCGACCAGGAUCACCGCCCACGUGGAAGGUGGCUACCACAGCAAACGCAGCAUCUUCUGCACGAUCCUGUGAGAGUGGAGAGCCAUGGGGUGGGGCAGCUCAGGGGCUGUCUGAAGAUUCCAGAAGCAAGCACAUGCCCUGCUCUCAGGCUCGGGCCCUGCCCACCGAGCUAUGAGGCUGCAGCCUCCAGGAUGGAAGUAGCUCUUGUGAAGGCGCUGGGCUCCUCUGUCCUCUUAGCACCACCCGGAAGAAAACAGGCCCCCGAGUCUUCUGCGGACUGAGCACAAGGUACCUCCAAAACCUUCAGCAGGAGGAACUUGAUAUUAUUUUUCAAGGAGAAAAUGGAAACAGAAGGUGGUGGGUCCCCAGGCCCUCCCUCGAGCUCUCGUAGAGCGUAUGAAGAGCUGGGGGGAAGCGAGACGGAGACAGUGGGCAGGGGUCUCCGGUUGAGGUACAGGGAGCUGCGCUUUAUACACCAAACCCCGCCUCUGCUCAGGGAAGAACGGCUUUCAUUCUAAGGGAAGAAAGUGAUUCUAGUGAGAGGCGGAAAGAGCCCAACUCUCCCCAUUCCCAGACCUCGUCCUCAAGCCUCUGGGGACACGGCCACACCCUCCCUGCUGGCUGCAAGACGGGAGGAGUUGGGUUUGGUUUCUCUCAGACAUGGAGGGGGCUUGGGACAGGCUGCCCCCGGGACGACAGGGACAUGCUGGAAACAGGAGGGCACGGGUGGAGGCAGCUUCCCCACAGCGCCGGGCUAGGUGGUGUGGGCAGCCAACUCCACUCUCCCCUCCAGUUGCUCCCAAACUCAGGAGGAGGUGAGCAGGCUCAGUGCCUGCCGCACCAAGGAUUUAAAUCCCACAAGCACACCCGAACCAGCCGCCUUCCUGGGCCCUACACCAGUGGCGAUGGACGUGCCCCAGGCCCCCAUCUGUGUCCACAUUCUCAUGGAUGCUGACCUGCCUUUACCGACCCUCCCUUGGUUUCCCACUCUGUGCCUUGGCUCACGCUCUCCCCUCUUCCAGGCGCGCCCUCCUUGCCAGCUGCACACACCCAGGUUCUCCCAUCCUUCCAGGCUCGACACUGGACACCCUCCAGAUGCACUGCUCCUCCUCCUCUGCCUCCUGUUCCACUCUCCUGCCCUGAGCUCCCUGAGGGUCACCAUCUGUGUCCCCAGACCAGGGCCAGGGCUGAGGUAGCAGCCUGAGUGAGGAGAGGAGAAAGGGUUGUGCUGAACCAAACUGUGAAUGUGUCAAAGUUCCAGGGCCAGACAGGUUCAGACCCGCUGCUCAAGGAUUGAAGCCUGAUGCAGGCCCGGCUGAGCCAGAACAGUCCCCAGCCCUUCGCUCAGGGCCUCACCAGCCUGGUAGCAUCGUUGUCCUGCACCUCACAGCUGGCUUUCCAGGCUGGUUCUGCCAGGGCCCCCGGUGCUGCUCUCCCAGGUGGGGAAGGGUGGGGGCUUGUGGGAGCAUGGGCUGCUUCCCUGAGGAAUUUGAGCACAAGAGCAUGGGCCUCUCUCCCCCCAUCACUGUCCUUUGCACUUUUCUGUGGCCCCAGUGUGAGUCGCUGUACAAGAUGCUGCCUUUUGAUAUUUUGUAAGAAAUGACUUUUCUGUGAACCAAGUGCUUAUGAAAAUCUCAGUAACCAAAAUAAAAUUCUAUAUUUUAAAAGAGGCA